AUGGCUACUACUAAAAGUAAAAGUUUAAGAGUUGGCCUUUAUAAUGCUGGGUCGAUCAGAAGCAAAAGCGAUGAGUUUCAGGCAGCUCUGCUAUGUGAAUCUGCUGAUAUUAUGGCGAUAAACGAAACGUGGCUACGAGCUGGUGAAGAUGCGAGUGCUCUGUUAGUUCCUGGCUAUCGCUUCAGUCAUAUUCCCCGUUCUUGUAACCUAUCUAGGGCACGUGGUGGUGGUGUUGGUUUUUACGUCAAACGAGGGAUUAAUGCUCGUUCUUAUUCCCAUAACAUUAUAUUUGAGGAGGUGGAGCAGCAGUGGCUGUCGCUAUCCAUUAACAAAGUUAAGCUUUUAAUUGGAACGGCAUAUCGACCACAAUGGGUAAAUGUCGAAAAGUUCUUUGAUUCUCUUACAGACAUUUUAACUUCAUAUUCAAAUUUUGAUAAUAUAAUUUUGUUAGGAGAUUUCAAUAUAAAUAUUUUGGAUGAAAGUGACAACAAAACACAACAGCUUAAUCAAUUUUUGCAGUAUACUAGGUUGAAAAACUGUAUUUUUCAACCUACCCAUUUUACGCAAGAGAGUGCUACAUUAAUUGAUUUAGUAAUGACGGACGCUAGUGUGACAAAUACUCGUGUAAAAUAUACUCCUGAACUUGGUGGUCAUGCUAUCAUUUUAGUCGAUUUUAAAAUUAAAAAGCCUAAGGUAGCUAUAAGGCAGCAAAUUAUAAGACCAAUAAAAAAUAUCAAUCUGUCAGAUUUUGAGUCGGAAGUUGAAUCCAUAAACUGGGAUAGCAUUACGAGGUAUAAUUAUGUGAACGAUAUGGUUUCUGUUUUUUCCAAACGCAUUUUAGAGCUGUUUGAUAAACAUGCUCCAGAGAAACUAAUAACUAUCCGUAAGAAACAACUGCCAUGGUUUACGAGUAAUGUUAAGUACAUUAUGCAGCUCCGAGAUGACGCUCACAAUAAAUAUCGUCGCACAAAAACUGAAAAAGAUAAAAUUCAAUACAAAACCCUAAAAAGUCUAGUAAACAGCAGUCUUUAUGCUGAGAAGAAGGCAUAUUUUGAUUACCACAUUAAUCAACAUCUACAUAAUACAAAUGUUCUAUGGAAAAAUUUGAAGUCAUUCGCGUUACCGUCAUUUAAAAAUUCGAAUGACUUACCAGAACACUUUAGUGAUCCUGACGAAAUUAAUCGUCACUUUUUGAGUAUACCGGGAACAAAUAAUAUCGUCAAAUCAUUUAAUGUAAGGAAUCUGGAAAGCAGAAACUGUAUCUCUAAUACUUUUAGGUUAAUACCAGUUCAUGAAAAUGUGGUUGCAAAAAUCAUAAUGGGUAUUAAGUCAAAUGCUCAAGGUGUUGAACGCAUUAAUAUGGAUAUGAUAAUUCUAACGCUUCCGAGAACUUUAAAUGUUAUCACUGCAAUUAUUAAUAAAUCCAUAACAGAAUCUGUUUUUCCUUCUUCUUGGAAAACUGCACUUAUUCGUCCAAUACCUAAAAAAAGUAACCCAACAAAUGUAAACAUACUCGUCAACAACUUCGAGCUUAGUGCUCCCAAUAACUACCGGCAUAGGUGUGACAUGGACAUUAAACAUGAUCUUUGUUUUGUCCAUGUUCAUCUUAAGACCUAUCCGUUGGGAAACAAUAUCGAGGUCAUUGAGCAUAGUGCUUAG